GCAACACCAAUCUCCAAGUCGCGAUGCCAACGUUCUGUUCGACGUUUUUUACCACACCGUCAUGGGUAUUCUUAGUCUGAGUCUAACAGCGCCCUUUGACCUUCUUCUUUCUGGAGCGACGGCUUCGCGACCCCGCAAGGAUGCUGGCUGGCUUGCGGUGGUCUCUUUAUCUUUUCUUUUCGACGAGCGCCAAUGCCCUCAUCUUCAGCAUUCCUUCCACAACGAUAAGUCCGGGCACGUUUCAGGUCACCUACACGAGCGAGGCAUCCGACCCAGUUGGCAUCAUGCAAUUCUGGCUUGGGCAUGACAAUGGCGCUGGUGGUUUCUUCCAUGGAGCGAGCAACAUUCCACAGUCUCAGACCCCCAUAAAGGUCGAGGUGACGAUACCUAGUACAGCCGUCGAUGGAAAUAAAUGGGCGGUCUAUGCUGGCCCGGGCAAUACCAACUUUCCACAAGGGCUGUUUGGAAAGUCAGACCUAUUCAAUAUUGUGGAUCCAGCGAGUUCUGCUCCAGCGUCGAGUAGUGCCCCGAUUAGCAGUUCUUCGCAACCGCCAUUAACACCUUCAAAUCCCAACCCGUCAGGGUCGACCUCGAUCUUACCUAGCAUAUCACCUUUGAACAGCUCAACCGGGUCUUUGAUCGCCAAAUCUUCUGAUGUUAGUAGUACUGGUAGCUCACGAACCUCUGCGCCCUCUCCUGGACUUAUCGCCGGUGUCCUCGUUGGAGUUCUUAUAUUCCUUCUCAUCAUAAUUCUUCUUCUUCUCUAUAUCCGCCGUCUCCGUCGACGCUCAGUUAUACCCGGCCUCGAUGGUCGCGCCGAACUCGAUCCGGAGCCCGGCUUCACUCCUUAUUCUUCGCCUAUAUCCACAACCAGCCGUGGGCCCGUCUCUUUCUCUACAAGCCUCCCGCCCGGCGGACCAAGAGCACGCAGCAACACUACAACGACAAGCACCACCGAGCUACCGUUGGGAUCGAAGGCCGCAACCGCCCGUCAAGAAUACCUCACUAACCAGCUUGCCACGGUUCAAGCCCAACUCGCAGCUUUACAACGCAGCGGGUCCGAUUCCGAUCCAUCUUAUUCGGGCUCAAGAGGUUUGUAUCCUCGCAACCCCGACCCAGGCACUCAAUUGAGGGAGCAAAACGCCGCUCUUUAUGCUCGUAUACAAAUGCUAGAGAGCCAGUUACAAUCGCAAUGGGCGUUGGGACUUUCGGAUGAGGCUCCCCCAGGCUAUAUGGAAUGA